AUGACCACAUACACAAAAAUACCCACAUAUUCUGCACCAUUUAAAGUUUAUCAAUCAGCUUGGGCAAUAGGUUCAAACCAACAAAUGAACCAAGUUCAAAAACAGUUUGAUCUACUAAUAAAUAAUAAGAUCGUUGAGACUCAUGCAAACGUGAUCAGAUGGAGUGGUGGGAAUGGGGUUGCAGUAUACAAGGACUAUGUUGCCAUGAUGGAAGGUGAUCAGAUGGAGGGCAAGCAUGAUCUAAUCAUUGCUUUGCUGCUCCAGUAUAAGUCAAAUACCGAAAACAUUGAUGCAGUCCUAAAAGGUGUAGAGAUAUUUAAGUUGAGUAAUCCGGACAACAAUCGAGCUGGUGUGAAUCCUGUUUUCACAGCACAUGCUCAUUUAUCAAGGACUCCAAGGCUCCAAAAAUUGGUUUUAGCUUUUGGCAAUAUAAAUAUGAUUGCAACAGCAUCAUCAUUGUAUGAGGAGUUGCACAGACAUUUCUCACUUGUUGAGAUCCAGUUGGCCACCAACUACUUUGAUGAUGGACUAGUCAUCGGUAAAGGUGGAUUUGGUAAUGUGUACAAAGGGCUCAUCGACAAGACCAAGUGUGUUGCCAUAAAGCGGUUGAAUUCAAAAUCCAAACAAGGGGCUCACGAGUUUUGGGCUGAGAUUGAUGCCCUUUCCAAGCUUCGGCACAAUCAUCUCGUUUCCUUGAUUGAUUAUUGUGAUGAUUGCCAAGAGAUGAUCCUGAUCUAUGAGUACAUGGCCCAUAGGACCCUUGCUGACCAUCUCUAUAAAGCUAGUAGAAAUGGUAGUUGUAAUUCUCCUCUUUCUUGGGAACGACGACUCAAUAUAUGUAUUGGUGUUGCACGUGGGUUAGACUUCCUACAUACUAGUAGAGGUGCUCAUCAUGGAAUCAUACAUCAUGAUGCGAAGAGCUCAAACAUUUUGUUGGAUGAAAAUUGGGUGGCUAAGAUUUCUGAUUUUGGGUUUUCCAAAAUGGACACUUCAAAUGUAUCAUGUACCAACAUUAGCACCAAUGUUGAAGGCACAUUCGGGUACCUGGAUCCAAAGUAUUUCAUGACUCGAAGAUUGACUAAGGGAUCAGAUGUAUAUGCGUAUGGUGUGGUAUUGUUCGAAGUGUUGUGUGGGAGGCAGGCUGUGGAUAUAACACUUGAAGAGGAGCAGCAUAGUCUAGCCCUAUGGGUCCGAAAAUGCAUUCAAAAAGGAACUAUUGAUCAGCUUGUUGAUCCCAGUGUGAAGGAUCAAAUCUCACCUCAUUGUUUAAGAGGGUUUGCAGAAAUUGCCAAUAAAUGCCUGCAUGAUCAACCGAAUGAAUGGCCUCUAAUGGCUGAAAUAACGGCGAGACUCGAAUUAUUUACAUUGGAGUUGCAGGGGAGAGGUGACUCUUAUACAGAGCAAGAGGUUAUCCAUGUUGGUGGAGCUUUUAACGAAAGCGUUAAAUGGAGUAUUAUAUCAAAGGAUUCUCCUUCUGUGUCUCGCCAUUACAGUAUACCUCCUUUGGAAGGAAUAAAUGAAAGCAGGGUGUUAGAGAGUAUUUCACCUGGAAAAAAGAAAAAUAUGGAACUUUGGAGAAAGAAAGAUGAUGGUUUUAAUCAGGGACCGUGGUUGGGGUGGCGGUUGUGGGGAUUGUUUUUGCAUAGAUCGAGAUCUUCAAAGAUAGGCUUACCCACUGCCAGAAGCACAGUGUUGUCGCUUUUCACUAGCAGAAAUUCAAGCCUCCACCAACAAUUUUAAUGAUCACCUUAUAAUUAGAAAAAGUUAUCAUAGUAAGGUUUAUGCGGGUUAUAUUGAAAAAUAGACGAAGGUUGCUAUCAAACGGUUCGAGAGAAGUUAUUCUUAUAGUUGGUUUUGGAGGUGCAGUCUCAGCUUCAAUGUAUCAAUGUGGUGUCCUUAAUUGGGUACUGCUAUGAUGGGCAUGAGAUGAUCCUGGUGCAUGAAUACAUGGCCUGGGAACCUAUUUGAUCAUCUUCGCAAUAGCAACUAUAAUAAUAAACCUCUCUCAUGGAAGCAGAGGCUCCAAAUCUGCAUUGGUGUCGCUCAAGGACUGAACAAUCUUCAUACAGGUGUGGAGCGGAAGACAAUUAUUCAUGUUGACCUAAAGCCGCACAAUAUUAUCUUGGAUCAAAAUUGCAUUGCAAAGAUUUUAGAUUUCAAUUUAUCCUUAUUGGUUCCAGGGGAGCGCGAUUUCAUCACCACAAUGCUUUGCGAAGAACUUCGCUAUCUCGAUCCAAAGUAUCUUCAUACCUCUCGAUUUACGAAAAAAUCUGAUGUUUACUCUUUGGGUGUUGUAAUGUUUCUAAAUUUUACCAUUUUUCAAAGUAUCUCCACGGUGAAUGUAAUCAUUUUGGGAAUGUGAUAUAAUAAUUGUAUUGUGUGCCGAGUGAGGCCAUUGUAUUUUUAUAUAUUUCAACAGGUUGUAGAGCGACUUUUUUCCGUGGAGGUUAUGCUGAAAUUUUAUAUAUUUUAUUAGUAUUAUUUGGUA